AUGGGCUCGAGGGUGCCCGGGGCGGAGGUCCCGGAACGGGGGGCCCUUUGGUCCGGGGACGCGCCAGCCGAAGCGCGGGGCCCCUGGCCCCAACAUGGCCCGUCGUUCCCAGAGCUCUUCUCAGGGGGACAACCCACUGGCACCAGGGUACCUACCUCCUCACUACAAGGAGUACUACCGCUUGGCCGUAGAUGCACUGACUGAGGGGGGGCCAGAAGCCUAUAGCCGCUUCCUGCAAGCCGAGGGGGCACCUGACUUCCUGUGCCCUGAGGAACUGGAACACGUGAGCCGCCACCUGCAACCCCCACAGCAUGUGGCUCGGGAGCCUCGUGAAGGCAGCCCUCCUCCUGUGGACAUGGAUGGCUCCUCAGGCACAUACUGGCCAGUAAACUCAGAUCAGGCUGUGCCUGAACUGGACCUGGGCUGGCCCCUGACCUUUGGCUUCCAGGGCACUGAGGUCACCACACUUGUACAGCCACCACCACCGGACAGCCCCAGCAUCAAGGAUGAAGCUCGAAGGAUGAUCCGUUCUGCCCAGCAGGUGGUGGCUGUAGUGAUGGACAUGUUCACCGACGUGGACCUGCUCAGUGAGGUGCUGGAAGCGGCCGCCCGCCGCGUCCCGGUCUACAUUCUGCUGGAUGAAAUGAACGCACAGCACUUCCUGGACAUGGCUGACAAAUGCCGCAUCAAUCUGCACCACGUGGAUUUCCUACGGGUGCGCACGGUGGCGGGCCCCACCUACUACUGCCGCACUGGGAAGUCGUUCAAGGGUCAUGUGAAGGAGAAGUUCUUGCUGGUGGACUGCGCUGUGGUGAUGAGCGGGAGCUACAGCUUCAUGUGGUCCUUCGAGAAAAUCCACCGCAGCCUGGCUCACGUGUUCCAGGGAGAGCUGGUCUCCAGCUUCGACGAGGAAUUCCGCAUCCUUUUUGCACAGUCAGAGCCACUGGUGCCUUCAGCUGGGGCUCUAGCCCGCAUGGAUGCCUAUGCCCUGGCUCCGUAUUCAGGGGCAGGGCCCCUGGCUGGCAUACCUGGUGGUGGGGCGCCACCACCUUUCUCCUUCCCUAAGCGGGCACACCUCUUGUUCCCACCACCCCGGGAAGAAGGCCUGGGCUUCCCCUCCUUCCUAGACCCCGACCGACACUUCCUAUCUGCCUUCCGCCGGGAGGAGCUGUCCAGGAUGCCAGGAGGUACUCUGGAGCCACAUGCCGGGCUGCGGUCACUGCGUGCAGCGGAGGGUCCCGGUCCCGGAGGAGAGUUCGCGGGCCCACGGGGCUUCUUCCAGGCUCGGCACCUGGAGAUGGACGCCUUCAAGCGUCACAGCUACGGGGCUGACGGCGCUGGGGCGGUGGAGAACUUCGCAGCAGCGCGGCAAGUGUCCCGGCAGACGUUCCUUAGUCACGGCGACGACUUCCGCUUCCAGACCAGCCACUUCCACCGAGACCAGCUCUACCAGCAGCACUACCAAUGGGACCCACAGUUUGCACCUGCGCGCCCACAGGGCCUGUUCGAGAAGCUUCGCGCUGGCCGCCCUGGCUUCGCAGACCCUGACGACUUUGCGCUGGGCGCGGGUCCUCGCUUCCCCGAACUUGUCGCCGACGGGCACCAACGGCUGGAGUAUGUGCCGUCCAGCGCAUCGCGGGAGGUGCGCCACGGCUCGGACCCCGCCUUCGGAGCUGGCGCCCGUGGCCCGGAGCCCAGCGGGGCCUUGCGCGCCAACCUAGGCCAGCGGUUUUCGUGCCAAGCAGUGGCGAAGCAAGGCCUGGACACCGCUCCGGAGGCGGAGGCAGAACGCCGGGGUGGGACCGAAGGACGGGCCGGGCUUCGGCACUGGCGCCUUGCCUCCUACCUGAGUGGCUGCCAUGGGGACGAUGGGGGCGAGGAGGGCUUGCCCAUGGAGGCCGAAGCCUACGAAGACGACGUGCUAGCUUCUGGCGGCCGAGACCUGCUCCCCUCCGCCUUCCGCACCCCUGCAGCCCUCCCAGCCAAGGGCCCGAUGCCGGGCUCCGGAAGUGGCGGCGGGGACAGCUCCGAGCGCGAGGGCCCCGAGGAGAUGGGCCUGUUAAAGCAGGAUUCGUUCCGCUCGCGCCUGAACCCACUCAUCCAGCGCAGCUCCAGGUUGCGCUCCUCGCUCAUAUUCGCCUCGCAGGCAGAGGGUGUGAGUGGGGCCUCGGCAGCCACCACCGAGAAAGUGCAGCUGCUGCACAAGGAGCAGACCGUGAGCGAAACUCUGGGUCCCAGCGGGGACGCUGUGCGCUCCACGGCCUCCGCCAAAGUGGCUGAGUUACUAGAGAAAUACAAGGGCCCGGCCCGGGACCCUGGCGGGGCAGCGGGGACCGUCACUGUCUCGAGCCACAGCAAGGCUGUCGUAUCUCAGGCCUGGAGGGAGGAGGUGACAGCACCAGGUGGAAAAGGAACUGAGCGCCGCAGCCUUGAGAGCUGCCUGCUGGACCUGCGCGACUCUUUCGCGCAGCGACUGCACCAGGAGGCGGAGCGACACCCGGGAGCCGCUUCCCUCACUGCUGCUCAGCUACUCGACACCCUCGGCCGGAGUGGCACCGACCGCCUGCCCUCACGCUUCCUCACUACCCAGGGCUGCUCCAUGUCCCCGCAAGGGCGGGACAGCCCUCCCCCAGAAGGGUCUGGAGCGCACCAAGUGCCUAAUUCUGAGCCAAAAGGGAGCCCCACCUCAACCUACCCGGAACGGAAGGGCAGCCCCACGCCUGGGCUUCCCAAUCGGAGAAGCAGCCCAACCACGGGGUUUACUGAACCGAAGGGGAGCCCCACUUCGCCCUACCCGGACCGUAGAGGCAGCCCGGUUCCUCCAGUGCCAGAGCGCAGGAGCAGCCCUGUGCCACCUGUACCUGAGCGCAGAGGCAGUCUCACCUUCUCGGGGGAGCCUCCAAAGACUGGGUCUGCAGAGGAGGUGGCUGUCGGCCCCAUGGAAGUCCUGCGAAAGGGCUCCCUCCGCAUCAGGCAGCUGCUGAGCCCCAAGAGUGAGCGGCGUGGGGAGGACGAGGGCGGCUUCCCAGUCCCGCAAGAGAACGGGCAGCCUGAAAGCCCCCGGCGAGCGUCCCUAGGCCGAGGUGACAGCGCGGAGGCUGCUGCGGCGGAUGAUCGAGGUCCAAGGGCGCGCCUGGCUUCUGCUACGGCUAAUGCCUUGUACAGCAGCAACCUGCGGGAUGACACGAAGGCCAUUUUGGAGCAAAUCAGUGCCCAUGGCCAGAAGCACCGUGUGGUCCCUGCCCCGGGCCCACCCCACAGCAGUCCUGAGUUAAGCCGCCCAACAGUUGCAGGAGACCUGGCUCCAGACAUGUCCGACAAGGACAAAUGUUCAGCCAUCUUCCGCUCAGACAGCCUAGGGACGCAAGGCCGGCUUAGCCGCACACUGCCGGCCAGCGCCGAGGAGCGCGACAGGCUGCUGCGCCGCAUGGAGAGCAUGCGCAAGGAGAAGCGCGUCUACAGCCGAUUCGAGGUCUUCUGCAAAAAAGAAGAAGCUGGCGGAAACGGGGCAGGAGAAAGCCUGGCAGAGGAGGACACCAGGGACAGCAAGAUUGGCAAGUUCAUGCCCAAAAUCCUGGGCACAUUCAAAGGCAAGAAAUGAGUCUCCUGGUCCUUCAUCAGUGCCGCCUUAUACCCAGUGUACCUGUCUGGCCAGAUGUUCCCUGCCCGUGUUUUGGAGUGAUCACUGCCAGGCCCUGGUGUCAAAGCAGUUUGAGACCUGGCUAAAUACCGCCUGAGCUUAGCAACACUUGAACUCCUCUGACAGCUGUAACUGCCUCUCACCUUUAGCAUCUCUUCCCUGGGAACUUUGCCCUUUCCUCUGCCCUGUGCUUUUUCCUCAGCAUCCUCCUCACUUCUGCCUCCACCAUGUCUUGAGCUCAGGUCUCCUAUGGGCCCUCAUUCACCUCAGGGACCCCUUUCUGUGUGCCUUAUUACCCAAUUUCCCAGGGGGCCUUUCACUUGGUGCCUCGGUUUUUCCCAGAGCCUUUUGCCUCGGGGCUGCUUUUCUCAGGACAUGCAUCUUCUCACCAGCGUCCUGGGUCUGCUGCCUCUACCCGUUGAGAGCCCCAUCUUCAUCCCAGUCUCCUUUGCUGGGCCUCAGUUUCUUUGCUCCAACCCUGUCUCCUCCCGGCCUCCUGGCACUGUCUUCUUUACCAUCUUGCUAUGGGGAAGCAGGGCUUGUUGUAGGCAGUUUGUGAGGAAGGGGCUGCCUCAGCCAGGUCUAUCCACCUCAGCAAAUCCCUGGGGUGGGGGCAUCUGUGGAGGAACCAGUAUGGAGAAUACUGGUCCUUGAAACACAAUAAACAAGCACAAUGAGCA